UUCAUCAUGGAGGAAUCAUUAGAGAAGUUAACAAUGGCGGAACCAGCAUCACCAUAUACGGGACCAAAAUCACUUCGUACAGUACGUGACGGUAUACAUCUUGGAAGACUGGCGAAGGAAAGGAAAAUCAGGGCAUUAGAACAGAUGGUGGAUUCCAUUAGGCAGAAGUAUUUCAAGCCAGGGGAUGUCAUGAAUGUGGUGUUUAAGCGUGAGGAUGAGGAUGAGGAUAAGGAAAUUAAUGAGGAUGAGGAUGCGGAAAGCGAUGAGGAUGAGGAGGAAAACGAUGAGAAGAAGAAGAAAAUGAUGAUGAUUAAGAAAAAGAAAAUGAAGAAGAUCAACGAUUCAGAUGAGGAUGAGGAUUAAGCAAGGGGAUGUCGUGAAUUUGGUGAUUAAGCGUCAGAAAAAGGAGGAAAGCGAGGUGGAUGAGGCAGAAAACGAUGAGGAGGUGGAAUUGAAGAAGCACACAAGUGAGGAGGAAAGCAAUGCGGAUGCGGAAAUAAAAAGGAAGAAGAAGAUCAACGAUUCAGAUUCACAUUGAUAGGAAAUAACGUUAGACAAUUACAAUUGCUUAUUCUGCGCUCAGGAAUGUAAAGUCCCAAGAUGCAGCAUCAGUAGUAGUAUAUUUGAUUGAUGUAACUCUCAAUUAUGAUUAACAUUCUUUUA